CUCUGCAGAGUUUCGGUGCAGCUGUGAAGCCGCUCAGUGAACAAAGAUGCCGCAGAACAGAAACAGGAAGGCCGGGAAGAAGAAGCCCUCCACGGUGGUCGACGCCAUGUCCACGGAGGAGAUGUCCAAGGAUCAGCUGGAGGAGCACAUCGUUCGCCUCCGAGAGGAGCUGGACCGGGAGCGGGAGGAGAGGAGCUACUUCCAACUGGAGAGAGAUAAGAUCCAUGCCUGCUGGGAGAUCUGCAAAAGGAAACUGGAGGAGAUGGAGGCUGAUCUGAGGAACAACAUCCAGGAGAAGGAUGAAGCUGAGGAGCGCCACCGGGUGGAGAUAACUGUCUACAAGCAGAAGCUAAAGCACGUCCUGUCUGAGCAGCACAACACCGCCUUUGAGGUGCGGAUGGAUGCAGUCUCCUCAUCCUCGCUGCUCCAGAACCGGAACAUGGAGUCUGAGCUGAGACUGCGCAGAGACGUCGAGGACCUGCAGGCAGACAGAAGGGAGAAAAGGCUCCAGGAGCACAGCUCCAUAAAACAGCUGAAGCUGAAACACCAGGCAGAGCUGAUGAAGCUCAACAACGAGUACGAGUGUAGGAUGCAAGAGACUGAGAUAAAGUACUACCAGAAGAUACGGUCUCUGAUGGACACAGAGGAGAAGAAGCGGAAGUCGGCGAUCACUGAGGUGGAGGAGCAGAUGAAGAGUCGUGUGGCUUCUCUGAUGGAGGAACAUGACAGAGCUCUGCGGAAAGGAGAAGAGUAUUUCUCUCAAAUUCAAGAGAAACAGCAGGAUGAGCUGAACAACUUGAAGGAGGAGAUGAAGAAGCUGCAGAAGGAGGAGGUGCAGCGGAAUAAAGAUUUCUCCGCAGCUCAACAGGAGAACCACCGUCUGAAGGAGACAUUGCAGGAGGUCCAACGGAAGCUACCUGAGCUGCAUGGACAGCUGCAGGAACACAAGCACUCCAAAGAGUCGACAGAGAAGUACCGAGCUCAGCAGAAGGUGGUUGAAAAGGAGCUCAGAGAUCUGACAGUGGAGCAUGAGCUGCUCUUGCAGGCCUUCCAGAAGGUCCAAGAGGAGCGUGACGAGUUGCUGAAGAGACAGACGGAGAGCAUCCUGGACAUCCAGCAGAGGAGCGGCCUGAAGAAGAUUCUGCUGCAGAAGAAGCUGGCUGCAGUGACAGAAACUCUGGAGAAGAAGGAGGCGCAGCUCAGCACAGCACUGUCGGUCUGCAGCAUCGAGCCGACGGCACGCAGCAACGCCGUCAGCAAGCUGGAGGAAAUCCUGGAGUCCAAACGGAUCUCCAUGGAUGCUCUGCAGCAGGACCUGGAUCUGGAGACUCAGGAGUACAAGCAGCUGCUGCACAGCUGGAAGGAGCAGCUGAAGGUUUCUGGAGGCUCACUGCAAGACUUUCCUUUCAGACCCGCUGAGAAGAUCCUGAAGGACGUGGGAUCGGACCAGAGGGUGAAGCCAAGUGCUCCUGUUCACUGAGGACAGCUGUGCUAGUCUAUAACAGAUUUGAUUUAAUGAAAUUAUUUUUUUUAAUCUUCUGAAGUCAGCUAAUGAACUCUGAUUAUUCCAGAACCAGGAACCAAUAAACCAAUGGUUGUCA